UCAGAGGACCUUCACCACAGCCAAAGACCCAUCCUAGCAGAAGUCACAGAUCACAAAAAACACCCGAAAGAAACAGGAAAUCAAAUUUCCUGAGUCCACUACAGAGCACAGAAACCUGUUUCCUCUACACACCCCAAGCUGGAGAAGCUCUGUCCUCGCACAUUCAUUGUGGAAACAGCUAUCAAGUAGUCUGGAAGGACUUUGUCUCCCAAUUUCACAUGAAAUUUUUUGUUUCAAACUACUGAGAUGAAAGGAGCAAAGUUAUUUGUCCUCCUUUCCAGCUUAUGGAGUGGGGGCAUCGGACUUGACCACAUUAAGCACCCUCUGAGUACCCCUGAGGAUGAAAACUCCAACAAGAACGUGACUUCUCUUUCAGCUCCUGUAAAUGAAACACAAAGUCUUCAAACUUUGAAGACCACUCAGAACCCAUCAACUAAGAUAGCUCCAGCUCCUGUGCUGAAAGCAUCUGAAGCGCAUCCUCUGGAAUCAACUUUGCCUCCCUCAGAGUCAAGCUUGGCUCCCGAGGGUGUGAGAAGCCAAAUGGCCCCAGCCACAGGGAAGACUGAAGAAGGAGAGGUGAAGUUACCAAGGCUUGCCAUUCCAACCAAAGCUAGCAACAGCUUCAAACCUGGAGCAGAGGCAGCGGUGCUUUCCAACUCUACACUUUCCAACUCUACACUGAAAUUCCUUCAAAGCUUUGCCAGAAGGUCAGAUCAACAAGCAAACGCUUUAAAAUCAGCGGGCCGCAUGGGAAAUCGAUCCCCACGGGAAACCUACCUCAGCAGAGGCAACAGCACUCGAGGCCAGAGACCCGGCUCUCAAAAAUCCAGCUUUGAAACAACUAGAGGAAAGAACUGGUGUGCUUAUGUACACACCAGGCUGUCUCCCACUGUGAUUCUGGACAACCAGGCCUCUUUUGUGGCAAGUGGGAGAGGACCCUGUGCCUGGACCAGUGGGUCCUGUCCUCAGAGAGCUCAGAGGAUACCUAAUCCUGUGUACAGGAUGCAACAUAAAAUCGUUACCUCAUUGGAAUGGAAGUGCUGUCCUGGAUACAGUGGACCAAAUUGCCAGCUAAAAGCCCAAGAACAGCAGCAAUUGAUGCACAGCAACCAGGCCGAAAGUCACACAGCUGUUGACAGAGGAACAGGGGAGCAGACCCUGCUUCAGCAGCAGCAAGACUGUAGCAACCCAGCAGUGACACAGAAACUCACUGACCAGAUGAACCAGCACGCAAUGAAGCUGACCGCUUUGCAGAAGAAGAUAGACAACACUUCUUUGGCUGUAGAUGGUUUAAGGACCACAUAUUCCUCCUUAGAAGAGAAAAUCAGUGACGAUAAAAGCAGAGAAUUUCAGUCUUUUCUAAAAGGUCUGAAAUCCAAAAGCAUUAAUGAUCUGGUAAAGAACAUAGUAAGGGAGCAACUUAAAGUCUUUCAAAACGACGUGCAAGAGACUGUGGCACAGCUCUUCAAGACUGUGUCCAGUCUCUCAGAGGACCUGGAAAACACCCGGCAAGUCAUACAACAAGUGAAUCAAUCUGUGGCUUCAAUAGCUGUCCAGCAGAAGUCUGUUUUAAUCCAAGAAAAUAAGCCCACUUUGACUGAUAUAGUAGAUCUAAAGAAUCGCAUUCUUAACGUCAGACAAGAAAUGACUGCUGCUUGUGAGAAACCCAUUAAAGAACUGGAACUGAAACAAGCUCAUUUAGAAGGUGCUCUAGAACAAGAACACAUGAAGAGCACUCUGUAUUAUGAGUCCCUCAAUAAGACUCUUACUAAAAUGAAAGGAGUAGAUGAGCAGCUUUUAUCUCUCGAACAAGAGUCAGGUAGGAAGAAAGCUACCGCUGCUGAAACAGUGAGCAGUAACAUCACUGGGUACAUGUCUGUUCUGAAUGAGAAGAUACACAAGCAGGGUUUGAUGCUGCUGCAAAUAUUUGAUGAUUUCCACACCCAAGAAAGCAAGGUUGACAAUCUCACCACCAGUUUGGAGAGGGAGAAAGAAUCCAUCAGGGGUGAAUGUGAGGACAUGCUAGCUAAGUGCAGGAAUGAUUUUAAAUUUCAGCUUAAGGACACAGAGGAGAAUUUACUGGUGUUAAACCAAACACUGGCUGAAGUUCUUUUUCCAAUGGACAACAAGAUGGACAAAAUGGGUGAGCAACUAAAUGAUCUGACGUAUGACAUGGAGAUUCUGCAACCCUUGCUGGAGCGGGGAGCGUCCCUUCAACAGACAUUGACAUACGACCAACCAAAGGAAGCAGCACUUCUAAAGAAAAAGGUGGAAGACCUGAUUAGUGCUGUCAACAGUCUAAACUUUCUUAUCAAAGAACUUACAAGAAGACACAACUUACUUAGGAAUGAAGUACAGAGGCAGGGCGAUGCCUUUGAACACCGCAUCAGUGAGUAUGGACUGGAAAUGGAAGACGGCCUGAAUAAAACAAUGACUAUUAUGAAUAAUGCCAUUGAUUUCAUUCAAGAUAACUAUGUGCUGAAAGAGACCUUACAUACCACUCAGUAUAAUUCUGAAGUCCAUCAUAAAUGCAACCAAAAUAUGGAAACCAUAUUGACAUUUAUUCCUCAAUUCCAAAGUUUGAAUGAUUCCAUUCAGAUCUUGGUGAAUGACAAUCAGAGAUACAAUUUUGUCUUAAAAGUUGCCAAGGCCCUUGCAGAUAUUUCUAAAGAUGGGAAACUACAUCAGUCCCACUUUCAAAAGAUAUACCAAAUAUUCAAUGAAACCACUUCCCAACUAAUAAAAUACCAAGAAAACAUAAGUCAUUUGGAAGAAAAUUUAAUCUUGGUCACUAAAAGUUUUAAAAAUGUUAAAACUCGGCUGCAAGUCAUUGAAUCUAAAGUGACCCAGACACUCAUACCUUAUUAUAUUUCUCUUAAAACAAGCAUGACCACAAAUGAGAGAGAUCAAGCUCUUCAACUGCAGGUAUUAAAUUCCAGAUUUAAGGCCCUGGAAGCAAAAUCCAUCCACCUUUCGAUUAAUUUUUCUUUGAUUAACAAAACUCUUCAUGAAUUUCUAAAGAUGUGUCAUAGUGAUAAUACAAGUUCAUCAGAACUAAAUGUUACCACACCUAAGUGGAUAAAAGGUUCCUUGCCAGAUCAUCAGCAGAAAUGUCUAACAGAAUUUGUGGAAUCAAUAAUUGAAGUAAAGACUCAAGCUGCCCUAUCUAAUUUCACUCGGUACAUAGAGCACUUGAGGUCUGAUAGUCUGACAAAUGUUGUCGAAUCUCAGAAGCAAGUAAAAAAGCUGAAGAAACUUAAUAUACUUAAGAAACCAACAGUAAAUCUUACCACUGUCCUGAUAAACCGAAUCCAAAGAAACACAGACAACACUGUAUUUCCUGUAACAGAGGAGGAGUCAGGCUGCAGCAGCUUCCCGUGCCAGAAUGGAGGUACAUGUAUAAAUGGGAGAACCAGCUUUACCUGUGCUUGCCGGCAUCCCUUCUCAGGCAAAAACUGCACCAUCAAGCUGGUGGAGGAAACUGCUUUGGCUCCAGAUUUUUCCAAGGGAUCUUACAGAUAUGCACCCAUGGUGGCAUUUUUUGCAUCUAAUAGAUAUGGAAUGACUACACCUGGCCCUAUCCUUUUUACUAAUCUGGAGGUUAAUUAUGGAGCAUCAUAUAACCCUAAGACUGGAAAAUUUCAAAUUCCUUAUCUGGGAGUAUAUGUUUUCAAAUACACCAUUGAGUCCUUUAGUACUCAUAUCCAGGGGUUUUUAGUGGUGGACGGAAGAGACAAGCUUGCAUUUGAGUCUGAAAAUAUUAACAGUGAUGUACACUGUGACAGAGUUUUGACUGGGGAUGCCCUAUUAGAAUUAAAUUAUGGGCAGGAGGUGUGGUUGCGACUUGUGAAAGGAACAAUUCCAGCCAGGUUUCCCCCUGUUACAACAUUUAGUGGUUACUUGUUAUAUCGCACAUAAGUUACUAUGAACAUCACCUUUACUGCAAACAGCUAGUGUUUUUAUUUAUCUUUGCAAUACAGCUGCUACAUUAAGUGAAAACUAACAUUUUUCUAAUUUGAUGUUUAUGUCAUAUGUAUGUUUAUGUCAUAAAAUUGUUUGUACAUCCUUUAGAAAGUCCAUAUAUGAUGGAGUUCUUGCUCCUAAAGAAAUUUAGAGGCACAGGAAACAAAGUGCUUUGGUUAGGUUAAGUAUUUUUACUUUUGUUCCUUUAUUUUUAGUCGUUUCAAUGUGAAGUUCUAUUAUAAAAUGUCAAUCAUACAAUAUUGUUAGUCACCGUGGCCUUUCCAGUAAAGCACUCAAUUUUUGUUGUAUUUCAUAUAUAUAAAUACAUAACAACUAUUUCAAUAACAGAUUAAUAAAUAGCUAGAUUAAUAAACUCAAAUAAAUUACUCAAAGACCAUUAAAUUCUUUUUAAAACUAUUUUAUGCUAUUGAGUCUAUCAAUUUCGUAUAUUAAAAUUUUCACUUGUAAUAAAAAUUAAGAACAGUGAGCUGGGAAUGUGAAAUAUGCUUAGCUAUUGUUCUCUUCCUGUAAUUAUAAAAUAAUCAUUGGUACAUAUUUGAAUAUUUACAUCUAUUUCAUAAGUAGAUUAUGCUUGGUUUACCUCCAUUAUAUCUACAGGAAGGAAAACAUAAAAUCUUUUUAUAGUACCCUUGAAUGCCACCACAUGAAGAUUUGCCCCUAUUCUUACCAAGGGUGAGUAAUAAUCUACAGGACACUAUGAAAUAUGGGAUGCUUACUACAUCCUGUUUUUCUCCUAAACAAUUUACAUGUAAUGUCUUAUCAAUUCCUCACACAUAACUCAUGUCACGUGGGUAUUAUCAUUAUUUUUACAGUUGGAAAGUAAGACACAAAGAGUAACAAAUGCAUAAAGCCCCCAGCUCAUAAGGACAGAGGCAGCAUUUGAAAUCAGACCAUUUCUGCAAAAGAACACCUCCAGCCUUUCCUGUUUCCUCUGACAGAUGGACAAAAAUUUACUCCAUAAACCCUUAUUAAUGAGCACUUACUUCAUAUCCAAUUUUUAUUUUGAAAAUAUUGUAAUGAGCAUCUUUAAAAAUACUGUACAAUCCUUUCAUAUUUGACAAAGCAUUUGUGGAUAAUAAAAUUGCAUAAUUAUAAUAAAAAUAAUAAUGAAAAAUUU